AUGCCCUCAACUUCAGAAGCCACGUCUACCGUCUACGCGUUCGCUUCCGAAGUUCUAAGCCUCCAUGAAGAGUCUGACGACCUCGCCAACCUUAGCCUUGUCGGGGCUGAGGUCGCGCCGCUCGAUGUGGAGCCCCCUCAGAGAGAUCCACUCGUCGCACCAAACCGAACUGCGCUGGCACUACAGUGGGCGCCGCCAAGCUCCACUUCAUCGCUUCUGUUCUACGAGCUGGAGUAUGGCGACGGCUCCGGGCCCAACGCCACCUCCUCCAUGAUCUUCCCGGCCACCACCACCAGCUACGAGCUGACGGGCCUGUCCCCUGGUGGCCACUAUCGCGUGCGCCUGCGGGCCGCCACGGUGCAGGGCUGGUCUCCAUGGGGCCCGCAGGCCGGCUUCUUCGCUUGUGAGCCGCCUGGGCCACCCCAAGGCUUAGAAGCGGCUUGGAACACGGCGGGGCUGCGACCAUACCUCACGUGGAUGGCCCCAGACGAUCUCGGAGGGGGUCUCAGUGCACAAGAUCACAUCCGCAUCACCUCCUACCUCGUCUGGCUGCAGCUGCCGGCCGCUCCCGCGCGAGUGGUCGCGGAGACUCCUGGCGAGCAGACGCAGGUCGAAGUCGACCUUCCCGAGAUGUUCAGUUCCCAGUUCCUUUUCUCUGUCCAGGCACGGAACCAGGAGUUCGAGGGCAACCGCAGCUCGGCCCUGGACCUCGCGGCCUCGGGGCCGCCAGGUGCUCCUGGUGCCCCCGAGCUCGAUAACGUCUCGGACACAGGCGUCCAUCUCUUUUGGACACCCUCCAUGCUGCGCGAGCUCAGCUGCAACGGCGCGCUGCCGUCAUGCCAGCUGCUGCAAGCCCAGUUCGCCCAGCAAGCGCCCGAGGCGACCACCUACGAGCUGUACUGGGACGCAGGCUCCGGUGGCCUUCCGGACCAGCAAGUUUACUCCGGCAGCCUUGCGCAAGCCGAGAUUCCCCUGUCUUGGUUUUUCCCUGGUGGAAACAAUGCGACUCGUCUCUGCACGCAGUUCCGCGUGCGCGGCCUCAGCUCAGCUGGCGCUGGGAGCUUCAGUGCCACCGCUUGGAUUGCCGCGCUGCCGCUGACUCCGCCCAGCGAUCUCAUGCUCACGGCUCGUUCCGGUGCGGUACGUCUGUCUUGGCAGGACCUGCCCAUGAUGUCCUGCACCUUCUGGUAUGAAGUCCAGGUCCUCAAUGUGGCGUUGCAGACCUCCUUCUCCCUCACUGCUGGCCUACCGGAGAUCGAGGUCGCGGAGCUGAGCCCCGUGGAGCUUUAUGAGCUUCGGGUACGGACCUGUGACGCAGCCGCCUGCAGCAGCUUCUCAGCGCCGGCAUCUGUGGUUCCCGCAGAUCGGCCCUGGGGCCCCACGGCCCCCUACGCUGUGGACUUCGAUGCCGCGACAGAGCAGCUGACCCUGGGAUGGUCCACGCAUCCCGAGACCCGCUGGCAGCCCUUCACCCGCAGCUUCCGGCUCCUGGCCGCCACGGCCACCGGCGCCGACAUGGCCGGCGCCUUCACCGAGGUGGCCCGCAUCUCCGUGAACGAAGCUCCCGUCGCAACCUAUGCCUGCAACGAGUCCAACACGAGUUCUUGGCCGCCCGAGGUCUACUUCAAGCUGAUGGCCGUGGAUGGCUCGGGCACCUGGAGCUUCGGCUUCGAGUCCGCAGCCGCCCGGCUCUUCUGCGUGGCGCGGCCGACGGCCCCGCCCAAGCCCACGCUUUCUCUCCUCCGCCGAGCGCCCCGCGACAUGGCGGGCGUGUUCACGGUCUCUGUGGAGUUGACGCUGUCAGGACAGUCCCCCGAGACUGUGGCACUGCACAGCGGAUGGCGGGUGCAGCUGACGAGGCUGGAUACCGGCCAGCAGCCGGAGGCGUCCCUCAUCACGGACACCAGCCUGACUUCCUACACCUUUCCUGACCUGCCUCCGGGCACGCCCAUCGCCGUGGCAUAUGCGGUGGUCUCACUGGCCGGAGUCGGGGCCAUGUCUGAUGCAACGUACACCCAGUUGAACACGGCUGCGCCCAAGCCGACCUUGUCGGUGGACUGGAGCACGAACGAGCUCGUCUCCUUGUCCUGGACCUGGUCACCAGGCGUCGACAACGAUGGCCUGGAAGGCUUCCACGUCUAUGUAGAUUGGCGAGAUGGGACGAAUUACUUCGACCCAUUGCAGCCGACCUUCAGCAACAUCCCCGUGCCCACCUACGUCGUCAACUGCACGGACUCCGGUGUCUUCGGCGUGUCACGCUCCCAAGAGGCCCUCUGGUUCCGAGUCGCCGCAGUGACCCCGGUGGGUGUCGGCGAGCUUUCCGAUGCCGUCUUCUGGAAAUGCUCACAGGUUCCUGAUGCGCCUGUGGCGCCCGUGCUUGCAGAUCUUCAGUCGGGCCAUGCCCUUUUGAGCUGGACCGAGCCUGCUUUGUAUGGAGCGAAGCUCCUGGCCGUGAAGGUGCUUGCUCUGUGUGCCCCUGGCGGCUUCCGCACUGGCAUGGUGGGUGUCGAGAGUGUGCACGUGGCACCAGUGACCCUGCUGAACGUGUCUGCAAACCUCUCGCAGCCGUGUCGCUUUGGGCUGCGUGCUGUCUCCGAAGUCGGCGAAAGCGCCCUCUCACCGUUCCUGAGCCUUGACAAGCUCGCUCUGCCACCGCUACCACCACGCCUGAGCAUCCGCUCCUCCACGGACUCCCAAGUUGUGGUGGAGUGGUCGCUGGAUCGGUCGAAGGAGCGUGGAGCCUACCACACCGGCUACUACUUCUACGUGUCCGUGGAUGGAACGACGUGGGCGAACGAGGAUACCGGCUACGUCGCGACCUGGCAAGAUGAGCAAACGACUCAGUACACCAUGGACUGCACGCUGACUGCCUUUCUCUCCGGCCAGAGCCGAUCCAAGGAGGUUCUGUGGUUCAAGGUGGCUGCGCGGAGCGCGGUCGGACGAGGCCCUCUGUCAGUUGCUAUCUCCCAGCGCUGCUCCUCCCCGCCAUCCGCGCCACAGAAUGUGACCAUGAACGUCUCCGUUCUCGACCCUGCGGGAACCACCGGCUCGAUGUACGUGGUGUGGGAGGAGCCAGCAGAUCUCCAUGAUGCCGUCCUCCUUGGGUAUAAGGUGUACGUGGACGAUGGGAACUCCAUGGACGCGAAGGACAUCUACACGCUGGCCGAGGUAAUCGACGAUCCGGAUCGGCGGGUCUUUCGCCAGGACAACGUGGUCCCCAGCCGAGCGUACAAGUACAAGGUCACCGCCGUUACAGAGGUGGGCGAGGGAGAUCCGACCGAGGUGAGCCUCGUCCCCUCCACGGAGCCUCGUGCGGCGCCCGUGGCCUCGCUGCUGGAUGACUGCGCCAUUGCAUGGUGGACCAGCAAGGCACUCUGCCCCUACGCCCAGCGGUAUCAGCUCACCGUGGCAUCCGUGGACGUGCUAGAGGACGCCGACAUCACCUCGCCAAGGCUCUUCCCGUUCGUGACGGUGCUUCAGGGCACGAUCCUGGAGGUGACGGAGGAGCGCUUGGGGUCCGACGGGCGAUUGUACCUGAGCAUCCCAAGUCUGGGCGGCUGGCUGUACGACGACACUCCCCUGAAUCCGAGCAGUCCCCUCGCAGAGCGGCUUCCAUCCCUGAAGGCCCAGUGGACGUGGCCCGAGGAGCAGGAGAAGGCACUUGGAGGCACUGAACUCACUGCCUGGCGGGUGUACAGAUCCACGGACGGCGUCGUUUGGAGCGACAACUUCACGGAACUGAAUGCUACGGAGCGGAACAUCUCGUUCCCGUGCGAACUCAGCGAGGUGACACUGCCAUUUUGGCUUCGCGUGACAGCUGUGAACGCCGUGGGUGAAGGCCCGCCUUCCAACUCCGUGGCACUGCGCUGCUCUUUGCCGCCCGGCCUGCAGCCGGCCCCCAUCCAGGUGGGCAGCGACAUCACGUCCGUCCUUCUUGAGUUCCAGCCCGCCGACCUCCACAAUGCCACGCUGCUGGGUCACAAGCUGACCUACGCCCACAUGGCCGAUGGCGGACUCGUCGAGGAGAAGUCGGUGCACGUGUCCACGCUCCACCCGCGCUUCAACGUCACUGGCCUGAUGGCCUGGCACACGUACACCUUCAAAGUGCAAGCGAUUACCGAGGCCGGCAUGUCUCCGGAUCCUGACUGGCAGGUGAACAUGAGCACAGGCGUCUCCGAAACGCCGGAUCCGCCAACCUACGUCUACUCUGACGGCUCCAUCCUGCGCAUUGGCUUCUCCUCGCUGACGCAGAACCGUCAGUGGAGCGACGGGGCUGACGUGCCAGACUACAACCUCUACGUGACAGCGGACGAUCGCGGCUGGCCGGGCGCAAUGGAUCCGACGAGGGUUCUCAGCAGCCUCAGUGGCUACACGUAUGAUCACGACUGCAGCCAGACGCCGGAUUAUACCCAGCUCGAUCGAGAUGGCGUUCCCACCAUCGUAGAUCAGCGGUACGGCUACGUGUACAUGAAGGUCUCUUUGACCGCUGCAUCUGGCUCCGGGGACCUCUCCGUCUCUGCCAGCCUCUUUUGCGCCCCAUUGCCGGCGCAGCCUGUCGUUACCGUGCGGUCAUCCGACGCGCGGCAGAUCAUGAUCACCUGGCCCACGCCGGAACUGUUUGGCGCGCCGUUGCUGGGCUACAGGAUAUACAUGGACGACGGCCUUGGUGGCAACCUCGAUCUCUACCGGGACCUGGCAGUGGAGGAAGUUGCUCUGGACGAAAACAACGACACCGUCAUCCUGCCACUUUACCCCUUGACCUCCGGGAGGUGGUUUCGGCUAAAGGUCAGCACACUGACCCCGGCCGGGGAGUCCCAGCUCAGCAGCCUGGUGAAUGCUCAAACUUGCAAAGCUCCGCCCAAUCCGGUGAUCACUUACCUGCCUUCGGCGACAUCCGUCUACCUGAGCUGGAAUGCUUCGGCAGCAGACCACGACCACAUCUGCGCUACUUUCGGCUAUCAGGUCAUCAGCAACUCCAGCGAGGGCCUCAACGAAAGCGAGGUCAUCAACGCCAGCGAGAUGUACUACGAGCUCCAGGGCUUGGUGCCGGGCACACACUACGACUUCAAGGUGCGCAGUCUCGUGGCCUCUGGCACCCGCGACAGCGGCUGGAGCUCCAGCCUUGCAGGCGGGGUUCCCAACAAGAUGCGCCCACCCGUCCUGGUGACGGCGCUCUCCACAGUCAGCGUCGUGUACGUCGGCUGGACAGCGCCGGACAUGAACUUUGGCACACCUACGGGCUAUGAGCUGUACCGCGACGACGGCCCGGGAACCAGGAUGCGGACCGAACCGGAUUCCUCCUGCACUGCCACCACCAACUGCGUCAACAACACCUGCGACCUUAUAAGCGUGUCACACGUCCCUGACGCCACUGGCUGCUCCGUCUCCGCUCUGCAACCGGACACACUGUACCGUUUCCGUGUCCGGGCGCUGAAUCAGUUUGGAGCAGGGCCUCUCAGCGACGUAGUGGAGAUCUCCGUCGGUACCGUGCCAACGGUACAGCCGCCGUGGCUGCAGGACGCUGACAACUGCAGCCUGAGCUGGCGCUGGCAUCCUGCUGCAGAGAAUGGGCGGCUCGUGCACAGCUACGAGUUCAAACUCGAGGCGUCGGACAACGAGACAUCUCUGCUUGUCGAGCAGAUCUGGAUCUUGAACGGCUCCUUUGAUGAGCCCUACCUCAACCUCCACCUCUCCCUGGACUCCACGUCCUGGUCAGAGCUGGUGCCCGGCAGGCAAUUCCGUGCCGCGGUGCGGGCCGAGAACGAGCUUGGGGUAUCAGCUUGGUCGGAUUGGUCCCCUGCGGCCUACUGCAUCCCUCUGCCAGGAGCUCCCACAGGCCUCGUACGGGACCCCAACGUUGACGUCACAGCCGGUAUUGUGCAGCUGGCAUGGGACAUAGUGACGCCCGCCAUCGCGGGCAGCAGCAGCUGGGAGGAGCUUGGUCUCCAGUACGACGUUUGGGGCAAGCCGUACCCCGAUGUUGGCAACGUGAGCUGGGAGAGCCUCCUCCAGAUCAGCACGCACGAGGGCGAUCCCCCCGUUGCCGUCACGCCGUCCGUGGCCAUUGACACAUUCCCACGCACGCCGGUAACUUCUUUCUGGGCCUUCAAAGUCAGGCUGAAGAACCACAACGGCUUCUAUGGCGGCUUCACCCAGGAGCUGCACCUGAGCACGGGCCAGCUUCCGGGAGCCCCCAACGAGCUCAGCGGCGUUGCAAACGACACGGUGGUCUUGAGCUGGCAGCUGCCCAGCUUAGACGGCUUCGUGCCCAUAACGCACUACGAGGCGCGCUGCAACAGCGGAUCCUGGGAGACCGUGCUCAAUACGGUCCUCACCCACGAGCUGCAGGCUUCCUCCGGCAGUGCCGCCUGCGAGGUCAGGGCUGCCAACGCCGUGGGCCCUGGUCCAUCCGCAGCGCUGACUGUGACCGUGCCGUGA